AGCGGAUCACCAAUCCACAGAAAGAGCCGAAGAUGUCGGCCCAGUCAUGUGAUCAGCUGUGUCCAAUCACAGCUGAUCACAUCAGUGCCACCUGUCAGUAUCCAUCAGUGCCAGCUGUCAGUGCUCAUCAGUGCCAGUGCCCACCAGUGCACAUCAAUGCCACAUAUCAGUGCCCAUCUGAGCUGCCUUUCAGUGUCAUCCAUCAGUGCCAGUCAGUGCCACCUAUCAAUGCCAAUCAGUGCCACCUAUCAGUGCUGCCAAUCAGUGCCAGUCAGUGCUGCCUAUCAGUGCGUAUCAGUGCCGCCUAACAGUGCCCGUCAGUGCCGCCUAACAGUGCCAGUCAGUGCCGCCUUUCGGUGCCCAUCAGUGAUGCCUGUCAAUGCCCAUCAGUGCCACCUGCCAGUGCCUCCUCAUCAGUGCACAUCAGUGCCACCAAUCAAUGUCCAUCAGUGCAGCCUAUCAGUGCCAUAACUGCAGCCUCAUUAGCGCACAUCAGUG